AUGUCGACUGCCCACGUAGACUCUCGUGAGUAUAUCGGCGAGUCUGGUCGCAAUUAUAAAAUUGAACGAGUUCUUCAAGAAGAAACCUUGCCCCCUCGCUGGGUUGGCCUUGCCAGGCUUCGUGGCAGCGCUUACCACGUCCGUCUCUGUCAAGAUACAAUUCCCAAGAAGUCAAUGUUUGUUUUUGAGUAUCUGGCAGACCACGUCCUGCAUCUUGUCCAGAAGGACUUGCCUCUUGAAACCACAAAAAGGAUACUCAAAGACGCUCUUCGUGGAAUUGCAGAACUCCAUGAUCAGGAUAUUGUCAAUACCGGUAGGCCGACAAUUUUUUUUGUUGACUGGCAGGCCCAGAAGGAUGGUAUCCUCAUUGAAAGAGUGCAACUUGGCGAUUUGGAAGAUUCCGCAGACAUCCCUCCUGGAUCAGCGAUAAUUGGAAAACAGGCCGGCAACCCAGUGUGGAGAAGCCCCGAAGCCCAUGCCAAAGGGCCUGUGAAUAAGCCUUCUGAUAUAUUCUCCUUUGCGCUUGUAGUGAGUCUCGACAGCUAUUAG